UAGCUGACUUCAACCCACUGACCGCAACAUUUAUAGACUAAUCGUUGCAGAUAAUGGAUUCAGACUGUCAUUCCGGCAGAUCCUCUUCACCAGAGCUGGAGAGAACAGACAGCCCGAGCUUCAUGGCUGGGCAAAUGUUCCAGAAGCUGUGUGCGGGACAAAGAAUGCCAACUCGGGCAAAGGUGAGAUCCAGCAAGAGAGAGAGUCAAGAGAGCCUACAUGAUCUGCGUCUCAAGGUGAACAGUCGUGAACGACAAAGAAUGCAUGACCUUAACCAAGCUAUGGAUAGUCUGCGGGAAGUCAUGCCAUACUCUCAUGGACCUUCUGUACGUAAACUCUCCAAGAUUUCAACCCUGCUGCUUGCUCGUAACUAUAUUGUUAUGUUAUAUAAUUCACUGGAGGAGAUGAAGAAGUUGGUGAGUGAUGUAUACGGUGGACACCGGCUGCCUGCCUGUACAAAUUCUUUGCACCUCCAGAAUAUUGCACCUCUGCCUCCAGUAAUACAAACAAUGCCACGCUCAGAUACCAAGACUUACACAGGACUGAUGACUCCAGAAGUCCACCGCACUCCUGUUGCAGCUUCUCUUCAUGUUUCACAAUUACUUUGCCACUGUACCAUGUGCCAGCCCUUCUCUCAUCAAAUGUCAAGGACAGUAACGAACCUGCCAGUCUCAAGACCAGUUCUUCCCCCAAAUCUGUGAGCCACUGACCUUUAGGGUUCAGACAGAGGUGUGCUGCGAUCAUCCCAACGGAUUCAGGAAAUUGGAAGAAAAGCAAAGCAAGCUGCAUUCUAUAGGCUGGCAAUAAUCAGGAAAGGCUUCAAUCACUGACAUGUACAGUAUGCCGAUUGUAACAUGUGAGAGCGUUUCCAUGAAGAGAAAGCUUUCAAUGUAAGAGCACAGUGUUAACGUAUUACAUUACCAAGUGCCCUGCCUAUUUGCUAUAUGUGAGGUGAGGGACAAGUAACCUAAAUUCAAUAUGAAGAACUGCAAUUUAUCUAGGUUUUCUCUGCUUAAUUGAACUGACAAUAAAACAGCGUGCCCAUGACAAUCAGUUAAUA